AUGUAAAGGGAUUUGGUAAUUUUUAUUAUGUUACCACUAACAACUUAUAAUUUGCGCAAUGAACCAGUUUCUCACUUUUUAUUCGAGGUCCUUACUUCGUGCCGCGGCAUUUCACUUUUAAAACUAGACACAAAAAGUUCGUCACGAUGUUGGUGGAAGAAUUUAUUUUAAGAGGUAUUCUCGUUGCAGCGUUGACGCCUUAUAACUAUAAAGAUACAUUAUCGCUAAAUCUAACAGUGAUCCCAGAUUAUGUUCAAUAUCUCGAGAAAAAAGGCGUCGCUGGUGUCCUUAUUGGCGCAACGACAGGUGAAGGUCAAGCUUUAUCUGUCCCCGAAAGAAAAUCUCUUGCUGAGGAAUGGAUGAAGGCCAUAAAAUCAACAAAAUUACAUUUAAUGGUUCACAUUGGAGGUGCUCCCCUUCCUGAAGUUUUAGAAUUGGCAAGACACGCUGAGAAAUUACACGUUGACUCUUUAUUGACAUUACCGGAAUUAUACUUUAGACCUUCAAAUGAAAAGGAAUUAGCGACUUAUUUAAAACUUGUAUCGGAUGCAGCACCCAAUACGCCUUUACUGUAUUAUCAUACGCCACAACGAGCACCAGUAAAAGGUCUAAACAUUGCCGAAUUUUUGGAAAAUUAUGGAAACUUAGUUCCAACUCUUGUUGGUAUUAAAUAUUCAAAUACAGAUUUGUCCGAGGUUGCUCAAGCAUUAGAAGCGAGAAAUCGAAAUUAUACAAUUCUUUUCGGAGCUGAGAAGUUAAUAUAUCCAGCUUGUGCGUUGGGUGUAGAAGCUUUCAUAUCGGCUUCUUCGAAUUUAUUUCCUGAACUUCCAUUGACGAUUAGCGAGGCAUGGAAAAACAAGGAUUUUGAAAAAGCUAAAAAACACCAAGAACUGUUUACAAAAUCUCUUAAUGUUUAUCCUCUAUUUGGAAAUCAAGUGCAAGGUAUAAAACUUGCAAUGCGACACUUGACACCUUUUGAUUUUGGUGAUGCUCGCAUCCCUUGGAAUCGGAUUUCUGCAGAAAAAGAAAUCAAGUUAGUCAAGGAAUUGCAAAAAGAAGUUGUUGAUAAAAUGGAAUUUCUUGGUAUUAAAUGAUGAAUAGAGUAAUAAAUUUCCAAAUAAGUUACUUAUUGUGUACGUGUACGUAAUUUUUUAAUAAAAAAUUUUAUAGCAAA